AUGGUUACAGUUGCUAUUGCCGGGGGGACAGGAGGCGUCGGUCGGGCUAUCGUCAAUAGCAUCGUUGCAAACGGAAAGCAUGAGGCUGUUGUUUUAGCAAGAAGAUCUGACGAUGCUCUCGCUGCCAAACUAGGCGCUCCCAUCAUUGCAGUCGACUACAUGAACGUCCCGGAACUAGCCAAAACCCUGGAGGCUCAUGGCGUCCACACCAUCAUCUCCACCAUAAAUAUGCGGACCACCGAAGGAGAACCUCCUGAGAUAGAGCUCAUUCGUGCGGCCGAUGCGUCUAAGUCAACCAAGCGGAUUAUCUCUAGCGAAUGGGGCAUCCCAAACACAGAUGAUAGUCAGAGCAAUCAACUUCAGGUUGUACGUAAGCUCCGUGCGAAAGAAGCUUUGCGAGCGGCCAAGACUCUCGAAAGCACAGUAGUCUACCCCGGUUAUUUCCUCGACUACUAUGUCUCGCCAGCCAUAACAACGUACCUAGUCCCCGCUACAUUGUUCGUAGACAUGGUACACAACGAAGCUUCGAUCCCCGGCGCUGGCAAUACUCCCGUGGUGUAUAGUCAUACAUCUGACGUCGGCGAGCUCAUCAAUGCGAGCCUGGACCUUGAGAGGUGGGAGCCAGAGACUUUUGUCAGCUGCGAUAAGGUGACUCUUAAUGAGUUUGUAGAGCUUGCUGAGGCUGCUAAAGGGACUAAGUUCAAAGUAUCACAUGACUCUGUUGAGGACCUAAAAGCUGGCCGGUGGACGGAACUUCCAGGUCAAGUAGAAGCAUAUAAAUUCUUCCCCAAGGACCAAUUCCAAGGCUUUGUUAUUCCCUACAGUUUGCUGAUCGAAGCUGGUGCAUUUGAUCUGAAGCCAGAGAAGACAUUGAACGAUGUGUUUCCAGCAAUCAGAACGCAUACAGUGAGGGAGCUGUUGGAAAAUGCCUGGAAGGUUUAUCCUCACCAGUGA